GUAGUUCACAAGCGAUGUUUGCCAUUUGCAAAUUCUACUAUUUUUCUGCCGAUAUUCUCUAAAUUGCUUUGGGUUGGGACAAAAUUGUCACUUAUACAUCCAGCAAAAUGACAGACAGUGAAUCGGAGGCAAUUUCGCAAGAAGAAAUUGCAAAGCAAUUCAUAAUGCCGGAGCGAAGUAGCAAGGUGAAGACAUUGAUGAAAAGUAUUGAUGUUGAUAAAGCGACAGGGAAAAGUACAGUACCAGAGAAGUCACAAGAUCCUAAUGCACCGAUUCAGUACUGUAUAUGUAGAUCUACAGAUGGCACACGCUUCAUGAUUCAAUGUGAUCACUGUGAGGAAUGGUACCAUGGAGACUGCAUAGGAGUAAACCAAAGUACAUCAAAGAAGAUCAAGUACUAUGUCUGUCGAUCUUGUAGAGACAUGGACCCAAAAUUGCAAAUAAAGUACAAGAAGAAGUAUAGAAUGCUGAGUGAGUCUAGUGACACUGAAAGAUCAGAGAAGCCUGAAAAACAUGAAAAGCAUCACAGUAAACACCACACCAAGACCUAUGAUAAACAUCAUGAUAAACACCAUGAGAAACAUGGCAAGAAACAGAAAAGAAGUAUAAGUGCAGCUGAGAAAGAGAAGGAGGCAGAAUUAAAGCAGAAGAGAACAAGAAGAUGUGGCAUCUGCCCGGCUUGUACUCUCGGAGAGGAUUGUGGCAAAUGUGACUUCUGCAAGGACAUGAAGAAGUUUGGAGGUCCAAGUAGAAUAAGACAGAAGUGCAGACUGAGGCAGUGUAAAAACUAUGGGCUGGCUAGUACUGGUAAAGGCUGGAAACAGAGGGAUCUUGAAGGGGAUGAUCCUGACCUUGACCCUGCCUACUAUGACAAUGCCGAGGUGACAGAGCAUGCCUACUAUCAGAAAAAGGAGCAAAGAGACAGUUUCACAGAUGAUUCCCCAGUUGCCAAGAAAGUCAAGAAAGAAGUCCUUACUGACACCCCAGGCAGAGAGAAGAGAAAGUACAAGAAAAGAAAAGCUUUACACAGUGGGGCUAGAGACAAGGCGGCUGACAAGAGAACCAGGAGACAAGCAGAGAUGGAUGAUGAGGACGCAAGUGAUGAAGAUGAGGAUGAAAAACAAUGUUUGGGUCCACAAUGUAUCAAGCCUUCAAGGAAGGGCUCCAAAUAUUGUUCUGAUGAUUGUGGCAUGAAACUAGCCACAAGCCGUAUAUAUGAGAUCCUGCCAUCUCGAAUUCAACAGUGGAAUGCUACACCCUGUCAGGCUGAACUCAACAACAGGAAAACUCUUGAAUCUCUACGGGAAAAACAACUUCAAGCUAGACAGAAACUUGUCGAGCUGGAUGAAAAACAUACUCAACUUGAUAAGAUCUUAGAAAAAGCCAAACACACAAGUAUUCUUACAGAGGAUGAGACUACAGAAGAUGAUGAAGAAGAGAAGGAGCUGAGUGUCUACUGUGUGACAUGUGGACAUGAGAUACAUCCUAAAACUGCACUUAAACACAUGGAAAAGUGCUUUGCCAAGUAUGAAAGCCAGACAUCAUUUGGUUCUAUCUACAAGACCAGAAUCGAAGGCAGCUCCAUGUUCUGUGACUUCUACAACAGCCAAAACAAGACCUAUUGUAAGAGAUUGAAGGUCCUCUGUCCUGAGCACUCCAAAGAGAAAAAGGUUGACCCUGAAGAGGUUUGUGGAUGUCCCUUAGUUGUGGAUGUAUUCUCACAUACAGGAGAACUCUGUCGCACACCAAAGAGAAAAUGCAACAAACAUUACUCCUGGGAGAAGUUAAGACGUGCGGAAAUUGAUAUGCAGAGAGUUGAACAGUGGAUGAAGCUUGAUGAAUUACUGGAGCAGGAACGUGUGAUAAAAGUGUCAUUGACAAAUCGUGCUGGAGUGUUGGGACUGAUGCUACAUCAGACAAUAGAGCAUAGCUAUGCUGCUCGUCCACCACCAAAUAUCAAAUAAAAUCUCAAGUGCUCUUUCAAAUGUCACAAGAUGACGCACAAAUAUGACUCUGGCCAUACACCAAAUUUAAUGAAGAUGAUCAGUUUUCAUGUAAUUUCAUAUAAUUUAUAAUGUCUGCUCUUCUGUAUAUGUUGAAUGGGUUAAACAUGCUAGGUUUCAUUCAGUUAUGGUAUCUGUCACUCAUGAAGUGUUAAUGUAAUUCAGCGUGGCUCACUCA